AUGCUCAGCCGAUGGCGCGUGCCUGGUGCGCAGAAUCUGGCGAGCCCACGGCCCAAGUGUGUGAGGGUCUCCGCUGCCGCGACACAAGCGAAAGGAAAAGACCGGGAGGCGAAAGGCACAAGAGCCAACGGCGAAGGCUAUGUUAACACCAUCUUUGGGCGGCAGGAACCGAAUCAAGUGUCGUUGAGCGAGCAACUUGGGAACGAUGGGGGACCACCAAGGUUUUCAAGCCCAUUCGUUGCCACACGCAACAAGAUGAUCAAUCCUGAAGAGCUCCCAAUCAUGCUCUACAUCCCGGGAAUUGAUGGAACCGGCCUUGCAGCCUUCCGCCAGUUCCCUAUGCUGGUGGAAGCUUUUGAGCUGCAUGCGCUGUCAGUUCCUCCAGCAGAUCGAACGGAUUUUGCAGGAAUUGCUGGGAUUAUUGAGGGCUACUUGAGGAAUGAAAUCAACGCAAGUGCGAAAGGCCGGCCAGUGUACCUGCUAGGAGAAUCAUUUGGAGGUGUCCUAGCUUUGGUUGUGGCAGAACGAUGCAGGGAAAUUGUAGACCGUGUGGUGCUGGUCAAUCCUGCCACCAGCUAUCGUCAGUCCUACUGGCCGAUUUUGGGCCCACUCAUGCCACGAAUUCCAGAGCGACUCUAUGGUGCUGUUCCUUUUGCUCUGGCACCAGCAUUUGGGAACCCGUUGGCAUUGCUUGCCCAAGGCCUUGACUUGACGGGCCCUCCAGAUGAGCAAUUUGCGAGUGUCACCGAGGGCAUCUUGCAGCUUUUUGGGACGCUUGGUUUCUUGGUUGAUGUGUUGCCACCACCUGUUGUGGCAUGGAAACUGGAGCUUGUGAAGCAAGGCAUCGACGAGGUAGAGAAAGUGCUGCCCAAGGUCCAGCAGCGUGUGCUUCUUGUGGCUGGAGAAGGAGACUGGAUGUUGCCCUCUCGCUCUGAGGCUCAGAGACUGCGUAGACUUCUUCCACGGUGCUCCACAAGAGUGCUUCCCGGCAGGAGCCAUGCUUUGCUGCAAGAAGCAGGAGUGGACCUGGUGGAGAUUAUGAAGGAAGAGGGCUUCUUUGUUACCGAACGCUGCCUAUCCUGCCAGCCCACUGCUGGCGUUCCAAAAAUCAACAACUUUGGCAGACCUGGGCCAGUGGAACUUCCAACGCCAAUCGAACGAGAUCGAGCUGCAGGGCCACUCAAGGUCCUUGCCAGGCUUACCAGCCCUGUUUUCUUUUCAACUAUGGAUGAUGGCAGGAUCGUCCAAGGGCUGUCUGGCCUUCCAGCUUCCCGGCCACUACUUGUUGUUGGCAAUCAUCAAACGUUUGCUCCUGACAUGGCGAUGCUAGUUGAUGAGCUGUUGAAGGAGAAAGGGAUUCUGGUUCGAGGUUUGGCUCAUCCGUUUGUUUCCAGGACACCAGACGAUGAUGGAAAAGCUGGCGAUCUUCCUGAUAUGGGUCCAUUGCAGCCCGGCGGCAGACCUGCCAUCAGCAGCAUGCUGACAACUUUCGGGGCUGUGCCUGUGACCGGGAAGAAUAUGUACAAGCUUCUCAGCCAAGGUGAAGCAGUCCUCCUUUAUCCUGGUGGUGUAAGAGAGGCUUACAAGAACAAAAACGAAGACUACCAACUGUUCUGGCCAAAGAAUGCGGAAUUUGUUCGCAUGGCGGCGAAAUUCGGUGCCACGAUUGUCCCUUUGGCGGCGGUUGGCGCUGAAGACAGUGUGGACAUCAUAGCUGACAGGAACGACCUCCUGAAUACGCCAAUAAUUGGAGACAUGAUAAAAGAGCGGCUGCAGAAAAUCCCGAAGGCUCGGAGAAAUGGUACAACUGCGCUGGAAGACGUCUUUUUGCAGCCUAUCGCCUCUGUUGGUGGCCCCAGACGGUUUUACUUCAAAUUCCAAAAGCCCAUCAAGACGACUCCUCAGGAUUUGGAUCGUGAGCGGUGCCAGGACAUAUACGAUCAGGUGAAGUCAGAGGUUGAAUGUGGCAUAAACUACCUGCUGCACAAGCGAGAGGAAGAUCCUUACAAGGAGCUGCUGCCACGCCUGUUGUACGAGGCCACGUGGUCAGGGCAACGAGCUCCGACUUUCAAAGUUUGA